AUAUAAGGUCACUGGGCUCCUCGCCACUUCCUGCCGCUCUUUCACUUCACCGCCUGCUAUGCCGCCCUACACCAUCGUCUACUUCCCAGUCCGAGGGCGCUGCGAGGCCAUGCGCAUGUUGCUGGCCGACCAGGGCCAGAGCUGGAAGGAAGAGGUGGUGACCAAGGACACCUGGCUGCAGGGACCACUCAAGGCCUCCUGUCUGUAUGGGCAGCUCCCCAAGUUCCAGGACGGAGACUUCACUCUGUACCAGUCCAAUGCCAUCCUGCGGCACCUGGGCCGCACCUUCGGGCUCUACGGCCAAGACCCGCAGGAGGCGGCCCUGGUGGACAUGGUGAACGAUGGCGUGGAGGACCUGCGCAGGCUCUGCAGCCACCUCAUCCGCCACAACUACGAGGAGGGCAAGGCCCAGUAUAUUCAGGGGCUGGCGGGUCACCUGAAGCCUUUCGAGACCCUGCUGAUCCAGAACCAGGGGGGCCAGGCCUUCAUUGUGGGCGACCAGAUCUCCUUUGCGGACUACAGCCUGCUGGACUUGCUGCUGAAUCACCAGGUCCUGGCCCCCGGCUGCCUGGACCCCUUCCCCCUGCUCUCGGCCUACGUGGAGCGCCUCCGCGCGCGGCCCAAGCUCAAGGCCUUCCUGGCCUCCCCGGAGCACACAAACCGCCCUGUCUUCGGAGCCCAGUAAAUGUGAGCGCGCUCGGCCUCCCUCGAGAGGAGCUGUCCCUUGGGAACCAAUAAACACGGGGAGAGGAAA